UCGUACCUAAGUCAACACGUACCUUCGGUCAACUCGUACCCGAUUUUGUUAACUCGUGUUCUAAGGUCAAAUGCAAUAUUCAGGGGUAAAAAAACUCCAAGAUGUUUUGUUUCCUUUUUCGUGGUAACAAUCAGAUGAAAAUGACACAAGGCAGAUUAUUUGCAGGACUCAUACUGCAUACAAAAAAGAAAAAGAAGUCGAAGACCGCUGCUAAGACGACCAUACCCACAUCAUCCCCUACUACGAAGAAAGGGGCUAAAGAGGAGCCCCAGGAGGUGUGGAAGUGGUGGGAGGAGGAGAAGGCAGAAGGCGGGGUCAAGUGGACAUUCCUGGAACACAAGGGGCCUGUUUUUGCCCCCAAAUAUGAGCCUCUUCCUGAUGAAAUCAAAUUUUACUAUGAUGGCAAGGUGAUGAGGCUGAGCGAAGAGACAGAGGAGGUGGCUACAUUCUACGCUAAGAUGUUGGACCACGAUUACACUACCAAGGAGGUCUUCAACAAUAACUUCUUUAAGGACUGGAGAAAGGUGAUGACCCCCGAAGAGAAAAAGAAGAUCAAAGACCUGAAGAAAUGCAACUUCCGUGACAUGUGCGAAUACUUCAAGCAGGAGUCUGAGAAGAGAAAGAACAGGUCCAAGGAAGAGAAACUGAAACUCAAGGAGGAGAAUGCAGCUAAACAGGAGGAGUACGGGUUCUGUAUCAUGGAUGGCCAUAGAGAGAAGAUCGGCAACUUCCGCAUUGAGCCUCCCAGUCUGUUCAGGGGGCGCGGUGAGCACCCAAAACAGGGCAUGCUGAAACGCAGGGUGCAGCCUGAAGAUGUCAUCAUCAACUGCAGCAAAGAUUCCAAGAUACCAGAACCUCUUAAAGGACACAAGUGGAAAAAAGUCCAGCAUGACAACGAGGUCACAUGGCUAGCCAGCUGGACAGAGAACAUCCAGGGCCAGAUCAAGUACAUGAUGUUGAAUCCGUCGUCAAGACUUAAGGGCGAGAUGGACUGGAAGAAGUAUGAGACCGCGCGGUGUCUGCACAAGUGUGUGGACAAGAUUCGAGCCAACUACCAGGAGGACUGGACGUCCAAUGAGAUGAGGGUCCGACAGCGUGCCGUUGCCAUGUACUUGAUUGAUAAGCUUGCACUGAGAGCAGGUAAUGAGAAAGAGGAGGGAGAGACUGCGGACACAGUGGGCUGCUGUAGCUUGCGCGUGGAGCACAUCAGCCUGCACAAUGAGAAAGACGGCAAAUCAAAUGUGGUAGAGUUUGACUUCUUAGGUAAGGAUUGCAUCCGAUACCAGAACGCGGUGCCAGUAGAGGAGCAGGUCUUCAAAAACCUGCAGAUGUUCAUGGAGAACAAGGCACCUGGCGACGACCUCUUUGAUAGGCUCAAUACGACCAUUCUGAACAAGCACCUGCAAGAGCUGAUGGAGGGACUGACUGCCAAGGUGAUCCGUACGUACAACGCCUCCCGUACCCUUCAGGAACAGCUUGACCUUAUGACCAAUGAUGAUGAUGCUGUGCCUGCCAAGAUGCUGUCCUACAACCGGGCCAAUUGGGCUGUUGCCAUCCUGUGUAACCAUCAACGUGCGGCACCCAAGAACUUCAGCAAACAGAUGGAAAACUUGAUGUCCAAGAUCAAGGACAAGCGUGGUCAGGUGAAGGAGGCCAAGAAACAACUGAAGGAAGCCAAGGCAGCUUUCAAGUCUGAGAAGACACAGAAAAACAAAAUGGUCUACGAGAAAAAGAAGAUGGCGUACAAGCGUCUAGAGGAGCAGUUGACAAAGCUUGAGGUACAGGCCACAAACAAGGAAGAGAACAAGGAGAUAGCCCUCGGCACCUCCAAGCUCAACUACCUCGACCCAAGGAUCUCCGUUGCAUGGUGCAAGAAGUGGGAGGUGCCCAUAGAAAAGGUGUACAACAAAACUCAGAGAGAGAAGUUCAGAUGGGCAAUAGACAUGGCAACUGCAGACUUCAGAUUUUAACACUGGUUUUAACUAGGGAAUUAAAUUAACUUUCAUUUUGUAUCUGUUUUUCGUGUGUUUUUUUCAAGCCAGCAUUAUUUGUUACUGUGGUUUGAAAACUGAAGUAAUCACAUUAUCUCAAGAUGUUAACCCGUGUGUACUUUUCUGAUCAACCUUUUUAUGAGAGCUUUGUGAUGUUUUCUUUUCAAAAAACAAUCAUGGACAAUGCCUUAGAUCUUUCAAACAUCUGUGGUAUUAAAAUAUUAAUUUAUUUUUUGUAUUACAUAGCAUGUAUUUGUAGUGAUGCAUAUGCUUGCUUACAGAUAUUGUAACUGAAUUGUAAUUGUAAAAAUAAAACGCUUCACUUAAUAUAUAAUUAACUAU